AGACUGCUAGGAGGCGUGGUCUAGUUCACUGUUUUCGGAUAUAGAGGCUGUCGAUCGAUGUUUGGGAGAUUCUUACGGACGAAAUAACGAAUAUAAGCGUUUACUUUUCAUAAAGACUGAUAAUUUAAGCAUUGGGCUAUCUAAUCGCGUAAUUUAAAGCGGGGCUUAAAGUUACAUUCUUCAGUAGGGAAAUUUGUUCUAUGUUAAAUAGGGGGAUGCUGCAGUCGGUGUCUUGGAGCUCGACACAAUCGCUAAAUUUUAUGUCGUGUUUAAUGCAAAUAAGAAGCUUUAUGAUAAGAGAAAACACCAGCAGGAUAUGUCAGUCUCGACCGAAUCAUUUUCAAAGAUACUGAAUUGAAAAAAUAACAUACCACAUAUUGCACCGCGUAACGUUAUAGACGCCAGAAGAUUUGAGCUUGUAUUGUGUUCAUAUUGCACAACAAACCCGUAACGUUAUCGUUAAACUGAUCCGUCUGGGAACAGAUCCUGCGUAUUUCUUCACCGCUCAUUUUCCAAUAAUCGCUAUGAAGCUUCUGGAGAAUUCCUGUUUUGAGGCGUUAAACUCCCAGCUGUGUGUAGAGACUGGAGACGCUCGCAUCCUUGGCAGGAUAGAGAGUUACUCAUGCAAGAUGGCUGGUGAUGACAAACACAUGUUUAAGCAGUUCUGCCAGGAGGGGGAGCCACACGUACUGGAGGCUCUGUCACCACCACAGUCCAGCAGUGCUCCGAGUCCUAACCUAUUGGGGAAGAGCAGUGAGGAUGGAGAGAACCCACUAAGUGAUAAAUGUUGCAGGAAGACUCUGUUCUACCUCAUCACCACUCUGAACGAGUCGUUCCGGCCUGAUUACGACUUCAGUGCUGCCCGUGCCCAUGAGUUCAGCCGUGAGCCCAGCCUCAACUGGGUGGCUGACUCUGUUAACAGCAGCCUUUUUUCUGCUGUGGGAGAGCAGUUCAACACUUUAGCGCCGGAACUGUGGAAUGCCAUUGGACAAGAGAUAAACCUGCAAAGCUGUGACGUCUAUAGCUACAAUCCAGACCUUGACUCGGACCCAUUUGGUGAGGAAGGCAGCUUGUGGUCCUUCAACUACUUUUUUUACAACAAGAAACUUAAACGCAUUGUAUUCUUCACAUGCCGUUCAGUCAGUGUCCUCAGUAGUUAUGGUUGUGGUGGUUUUGACAAUGAAUUGGACAUGGAGCUGGAUGAAGAUGAAGAAGCCGAGAACUUCUCGGAGGACAGGUUCCCCCGAGCCCUUUGUGUCUGAAUGCUUUCUCAGGGAUGACCUUCAUCCAAAGGGUCUCACUGUUAAACUCUCACUUCUACCUUCUAACGCUUUCCUGAGUUCAUCAUCACUCUUUUUUUAUUUGUUUGUGCACUGUCUGCUUGUUUUUUUUAGGGAGUUAAAUCUAGAGCUUUAUUUGCCCCUUUUAAAGAACACAGAGUAUGGCUGAAAAGAUUUUGGGAGGGGGACUGAUUGUACAUGGCUUGACAUGAACUUCUAUGGCAAUGGGCUGAGAUGCACACCAUAUAAAAGCUACAAUUGAAACCAGUCCAGCCCUUCUGAGUAUAUGUGACUAUUGUAGCAUAUCCAAACACCAGCAUUUCUGACAGCUGAAACAAGACAUGUCAGGAAAUUAUUUAAAACUUAUAUUGGACUGCAAAGACUAUAUAUGAGCCACCAUUUCUAGCCCCUUUUUUAUUGCUUCUCUAAAUGUUUUCAUUAGUUGACCUCAUGUGUGCGUUGGAAGAUUGUUUCUAUCCAUUUGUCUUUUAUAUGUUUACUGUGUAAAAGCUUUUUAAAAUUUGUUUUUGGCAGACAGCUUUAUCUCAAACAACCAAGUACAUUUCACUAGGAUGUGAUUCUAGGUAUUUGAUUCAUAAACCUGGCACGCUCUUCAGAAAUGUGCAAUUUUACAUAAUUCUUUACACUUAAACAAAUGUUUUAUAGAAAUUGCUGAUGUUUUAGAAAUGACCGAAAUCAGCUAGCUAUAUACACUGAUUGUAUCAUAAUUAUUACCUUUUUUUUGUCUUUCUGGUACGAAUUUAUCUGUUAAAAUGGUUGUUGGCAUGACAUCUGUAGCUAUGUCACUUCCAUUCAUCAGUAUUUAGACUGCUGCAUUAUAUAUGUAGUUUUAUCUUUUUUUAGACACAUAAUGAAUAAACCAAAUGAUGUUAUGUUGGCGUAGCUGAAAGUUGCACCUACAAACCAAACAAUUUCAAAACUGAAGUUUUUCAAUGUGUCAGUUUUCAUGAUAAAAGAAAUUCAAACUGGCUUAUCGUGUUUUGACUGAAAGAUGUGUGAAUGAAAUGUGUUUUUGUAGCCAUUUUAGCACUACUACACAUUUAUUGUAUUGUCAACUAUUUUAUGCAUUUCUGUGACCUUUCAAGAAAACCUAUAUAUAAAGUUUUGUGAUGUUUA